CUCUUGCGAAACGUUAAAAACAGCUGGGCGUGUCGAUUUACAUGUGCAUUCAAGUCCGUGUUCAGGACCAAACACGACAAUCAUCCAGGAACACCCGCUUUCCAUCGAUUUAACUUCUCGGUCUGUGUUCUGUUAGUGUUGCAGCGGAGCUAUGGUGAUCCUAGCCGCGGUUCUAGCGCCCCUCGGGCGGCAGCUCCAGCGUCGCCUGGCCGGGAGGAUCCGGUUACAGCAGCAGCAGCAGCCGGUCCGGAGAUGCAACCUGUCCGCCUGCUCCAGCAGAUACGUCCUCUCACAGAUGCACCCGAUGUGGCAGGAGCCGCUGGCCAUCCCGGGAGGAGAGCGCCAGUCUCCCAUCGACAUCUCUGUGCGGAAAAGCAUGUUUGACCCUCAGCUCAAACCUCUCGUUAUGAAGUACGACCCCAGAACCUGCCAGCAAAUCUGGAAUAACGGUUACUCUUUUCUAGUCGAGUAUGACGACACCACAGACAAGUCGACACUGCAAGGGGGUCCACUGGAGGAUCAGUUCAGGCUGUGCCAGUUUCAUUUCCACUGGGGAGAGAAUAACAAGUGGGGUGCUGAACACACUGUGGACCAUCUUCUCUACCCAGCUGAGCUCCACCUGGUACAUUGGAACGCUGAUAGGUACAGCCUGUUUGAGGAAGCAGUCAUGGAGGACAAUGGCUUGGCUGUCAUUGGAGUCUUCCUUAAGGUUGGAAAGCGGCACGAGGGACUGCAGAAGGUGGUGGACGCUUUACCUGCUGUUCGACACAAGGACAGUGUGGUGGAGUUCACUCGGUUUGACGCUUCCGGUCUCCUGCCUGAGAACACGCAGGACUACUGGACGUACGCCGGCUCUCUGACCACGCCCCCGCUGACCGAGGCAGUCACAUGGAUCAUCAUGAAGCAGCCCAUAGAAGUCAGCCAUGAUCAGCUGGCUGUGUUUCGAAGCUUGCUCUUCACUUCAGCUGAAGAGGAUGUUCAGAAGAGCAUGGUGAACAACUUCCGUGUUCAGCAGCCUCUUAAGGGACGCACGGUCCGCUCAUCAUUUGUCCCCUUCCUCCAGGAUGCUCCCCCAGGGGACGUGCCCCAGUGACACCCCCCCCCUUUCCCCACCAUCCAAUGCCUGGUCUUCAGAGACCUGCCUGAAGUAGAGUCAUCUCUGUCUUAACCUGACUUAUCCAAGGUCUGGCAUAUUUCUGCCAUCUUCCUCCUCCUCCUCCUCUUUAUCAUCCGCCUUCUCUUCCUCAUCCUUCUUCUCUUCAACUCCAAAUGCCAGAGAGGUAUGGACUAUAAGGGAUCACAGAUAUAGAGGUUGGUUAAGAAAAGGACCGAAUCAUACAUAUGUAUGCAGUUUCUGGUAGGGGUUUUAGUUUUAAGCAGAGUUUUUGUUCUUUGUUUUUUGUAAAUGCUUUAGUUCUAAGUUCGUUAUUAAUACUGUACAUGUUGUAGGACCUGUAGAUUAAUGUAAAACAUGAUUGUAGUGUGUUUUAGGAUGUUCUGUGAUUUGCCUUGCAGUAGAUCCAAGUCUGUUUCAUCACUGAAGGUGUGGAGAAAUGCGCCCUCUUGGGGCCAAAUGGGGAACACGCUCAUUCCUCAUAACUGAUGGCACACUAUACACAUUGUUUACUGCCCAAAAGAAUUCAUUUUAAACUUUAGACUGUACAGUUAGUUUCACAGACCUUUAUUAACGGAGAUUAUAAAAAGAUUUUUAAUUGUUUUUGACCAAUUAGAUUUUUUUUUUAGAACUUUUUGAAAUGUGUUUAAGCACACAAUUAAGAUGUGAAUUAUAAUUUUUAAUACAGAAAGCAGAUGCAGUUAUUUUUGGGCACAAUAGUGGAAACAUCAUAUUUUGAACUGACCAAAAGAUAAACGGUACACUCAUUUUCUUUUUAAUAUUUUGGAAGUUUACCAAUAUACUAAUGGUUAUUCUUGAAAGAUUAAAACAAACCUCUUUAUGUAAUGAGGGAUUAGAGAUGCUCAGUAGUAAUAAUAAUAAUAAUAGUAGUAUUAGUAGUAAUACUAUCAAUAAAAAUAACAAUAUUAAUACAAAUCUCUUAUUAUUGUUCUUAUUAAAGAACAAAUACAAUUUGAGUACUGUUGCGAUGUUAUACUUAGUAUCAGUAUCAGAAUUCUGAUAUAGUUAAAGUUCUGCUGCAAAUAUACAGUAUGUGCACUAAACAGUAGCUGAAAUAUGCUCUAAUCCAGUCCUUAAAUGCAAAGUAAAUGUCCCAGGACAGAUAUAAAAACAUGUCUACGCUGCUUUUCCUUGUAACACUUUGUUACUAAUAUAUCCUUAUACUGUUUUGGUGUUUCCAAUAUUGUGUCCUCCCCCUGCCUGGUUUAUGUCUAUAGUAUAUAAUGUAUAUAUUUCAUGUUGAAACAAUAUGAGUAGCCCCAUGACUACGCAAGAAAGUAUUAACACUUUAUUUUUGCUAUAGAAAAUUGGUGUUCUUUAAAUAGAUAUAAAUUGCACAUUGACACAUUGCAGUUACUGGUUCAGAGUUGACACUUCACCAUCUGUAACCGCUUCAUCUAUGCAUUUAUAAUAUUCUUUAUAAUAUUAUAUAAACAGCUGUUUUUUUUCAUGUUGAUACAGUUUUUUUUUUAUCAUCAAGCACAGGUUAGGAUGGGACCUCCCCUUGUUCAGCAGUAGAGGGUGCUACAGCCCAUAGUGUUGCUGGUUGUGAUGUGAGGGGACCACAGUAGCAGCUUUUUUUAAAGUUUAGGGUUUCGCAGUUAUUACUAAAUAACAUGUACUUGUGUACAUGUGAGUUUAUUACAAGAAGCACAGUAGCUAAUAUUAAACAUACGGUUCUCCAAAUGAAUCUCAUUCUGAAGACAUUCUUAAAUGUAAAAACUGAGGAAAAAACUGAAUCGAGUUCAGGAUACAAAUAUCCAGUGCUAAACAGUGCUAAAACGGUGAUGGUGGAAUAUAUGGCCAACAGAAAUAUCAAUAAACAAUCUUUUAUUAGGGAAAAUAUGAGAUUUGUGGUGUAAUGAAAGAGAUAUCUAUACAUACAGCUCUGGAAAUAAGAAAAAAGAGACCACUCGAGUUUCUGAAUCAGUUUCUUUGAUUUUACUAUUUAUAGGUAUAUGUUUGAGUAAAAUGAACAUUGUUGUUGUAUUCUAUUCUAAACUAUUUAUUGUUUAUUGUUAUAUAUUGUCAUUUAAAGCAUUUAUUUGCAGAAAAUGAGAAAUGGCUGACAUUUAAAAAAUAUGCAGAGCUUUCAGACGCCAAAUAAUGCAAAGAAAACUAGUUCCCAUCAUAAAGUUUUAAGAGUUCAGAAAUCAAUAUUUGGUGGAAUAACCCUGGUUUUAAUCACAGUUUUCAUGCAUCUUGGCAUGUUCUCCUCCACCAGCCUUACACACUGCUUUUGGGUAACUUUAUACCUUCCUGUUGAUUUAUUUCAAUUAGGUAAAAUCAAAAACUCGUCAUUUUUAUGUUGUCUCUUAUUUUUUUUCCAGAGCUAUGUAUAUAGAAGCAGGAGUUCAGAGCAAGAAGCAGGAGUUUGUCUUUAUCCAUCCACAAUUAACACAUACAAAAGUAUGGCCAUAUGCAGCAGCUACGAUUGGCUGGGGUAGUAGUAGGGUGAGCUGAAAUUGAGCAUUGUGAUUGGCUCAGUUCAUCAGUAGUCACCACCCUAUUAAAAAGGAUCAGCUGGUUCAUUUCUCUAAUUACUGUUCCUUUUCUCUAUUCUUCCUGCUCUUUCUCCUGGGAUUGGAAAGGAGGAGAAUUAUAUUUUAGAUAAGAUAGUGUACCUUAGCUUCUAAAAACAACUAAGACAUAGUUCUUUCUUUAGACCUUUUUUUAGUGAAUCAGACCCCAGUUACUUUUCUACUUUCUACUUCUGUAAUCUGAGAAUGAAAUGGUGACCAGGGAUGCCCAGACUUUUGCAUACCACUGUAUACAAUCAAUAGCCAUCUUCUUGUACCUCCAUCACAAGAAUAAGAAGCACAACUUCAGACUUAUAAUAUCACUGUAGUACAGUAUGUUGAUGGUAUUUGUGUGCGUGUGUGUAAGUAAAAGACCGAGAACAGACAGUGUUGAGAAUGGCGGGAAGCUCUCUUGUGUUUUGAGGGAAGUGGGCAGGGCCGCUCGCUCAGAGAUGAAGAAGUUUCAGAGAACAGUCCGAAUGUGACGUGGGAGUGUAUAUUUUGGGGGCGUUUGCUAUUCGAGGGGCCUCCAUCUGGAACAAAGCAUCUCCCUCAGGGGGACUGCGCUGCUCUCAGACCAGCUCUUAUGAUGGUUGAUCAUCAUAACUAGGCAGAAAUCUCUGGUCUUAGAUCAGCGCUCCUGCACUGGCUGCUCUUUGUGAGCCUCUGGGGUUUGGCGCCAAUCUUUUCAGUAGCAGCGAUUGGACGUCCAGCUCUUUGUGGCUGGCCGGCCGUUUCUGUAUGCCCUCGACCCCCCUGUGGUGGCCUCCAGCGUGAAUGGGCCACCUGGCUGCUGAGACUGAGCAGUACUAACCAGACUGGAAAGCUGGAUUAGAGCUCUCCAAACAUGGGGUGCUUGAGAGUAGGACCCCUCCGAGGUGGAGGAGGCCCCUCCUACUGCAAACAGUCAGCAACUGUCCACCUCCAGUAAGAUACAAAGGGAGUCAAGUGGAAGACUGGGAGUCUUUCUGUGGAAAUGUUAAAUCAUCAGGGGCCUUUAAUGCAGAAAAGUAAUCUGUUCAAUCUGGGGACCUCAAAAGUACAUUCAGGUACAGUACAGACAUGAAAUGUGUUAUUAAUGCAAGAAAUAGAAAGAAGAAGGGUUUCAGAUUCAGUUUUUUAUUUUUGAGGCAGAACAGAUCACUCAAAAUAAGAGUCUAAAGAUCAGUUUUCUUUUUUCAGCUUUGGUUGGUUUCACAGUCUUGUGCAAAAGUUUGGUCACCCCUAAUGAUUUAUCAUACAUUGACUAUUUUUAUGUAAAACUUAAUCCUUUAAAAAGGUUAAUAUAUUAUCACUUUAUAUAGUGGAAUUAAAUGAUUUUAAAAUGUCAGUAAUAUUGCAAUAUUUAUUUAUUGCAAUUAUUUCAAUACAAUAUAGUGUCCAGACUAAAUAUUUCUUGUGGAGGUUUUUGAGUCACAUCAUCUUUAGAGACGCAUUUCUGCACAUUUGCUUAAUUUAACAAAUUAUGUGCUAAAUCAUUUUAAAUAUGCGGUUAUGUUUUUCCCCCAAUAUGUCGGUAAUCACAAAAAAUCACAGAAAAUUGUUUAAAAUUCAGUUUGUUCCCUGUAGAUUUCACCAUUACUUCAUGUGCCUGAGAUUUUGAAUAACACUGUAUCUUGGCUUCCAUUAGUAGUUACUGCACAAUAACACAUUUUAUAAUUAAGAUACAUAAUGAUGUAAAGAGAUUAGGCUAAAGAAAACUGUGACCAUUUCCCUAACUACUCCAUCCAUCCCACAGCACAAUCAAAUUUGCAAAGCUGUUUUCUCAGUUUUGUUGCUAGCGUCGAUGCUGUUCUGUGCUUUUGUAUAAAGGUGUGUAUAUAGUAUAGGUAAUAGAUUAAGGUGAUGGACAUUUCUAUACCUGAUUUAUACUGUAUAUUUCACAAUGUUUCACAUAAUGCACAAGCAGUGCAUUAUGCUUUGACUGUUUGUUUUUUUUGUUCACUUUUUGUUUUCUCACUCAUUUCUCUUCUUUAGAUUGAAUGUAAAUGAAUAAAUCACACUCUGCCCUUUUUUUUCUAUAAUUCAAUAUCAUUACCAUAGGUCAUUUUCAUAUGCAAAACACUCUGUCUGCCAGUACUGCCUGUGAUUAUAAGACUAAUCACGCACAAUCUUUUCCGGAAAAUGUUUGAUUUUUGUUUUUGGUAUGAAAGUUGUAUUUUGGUGGUGUUUCCCAGGAGACUGUUUGUGUAAUAUAGUGAAUGUAUGAAUUGUUUGUUUUUGCUGUCGGGCGUUCACUGCCCGGUUCCCUGUGGACCCGAACUGGAUAAGUGGGCGUUUCCGGAGGUUUCUGGAUCUUUCCGGAGGUCCGUUCUCAGCAUGCAGUGUUGUAGCAGGUGCUGGUCUGCUCUGGUCUGGUCCAGGCCGACCCAGCUGUACUAAGGCCUAUCAGGUGCUCGCUCUCCUGGUUGUGUCAGUGGGAGAGAGCAUCUAUGAAAACACAGGCCAGACAUCUACAUUACAACUGCUCAUUCAUGCUGUCCACAACAUUGUGAAGUUUCUUUGAUGUAAAGAAUGAAAUGGAAUAAAAUACAAACAACUUCUCCAAUGA